CCCCGUUUUUGAUGGAAGAUCGGCAGGAUUCGGAUACCGUUUAAAAAUUGAGACUCUGGAGAAAUAUUAGGAGUCAUUUUUGGUCAUUUUGGUGGUCUUGGAGAAGCGCGGGGGGCGUUUUAUAUUGAGCCUCGGCGGGGACUGGAGCGCGGAAGGCUUUCCCCUGCCAGGACCUGAUGCAAUCCAUUCACGCCAACAAGUUUGGAGAAUGUUGAGUUCGAUCAAUUCAGAACGUCGAGAUGGAGCCCAACUCACUCCAGUGGGUCGGCUCUCCGUGUGGCUUGCACGGGCCCUACAUCUUCUACAAGGCUUUCCAGUUCCACCUGGAAGGCAGAACCCGGGCGCGGAUCUUGUCCCUCGGCGACUUCUUCUUUGUACGCUGCACACCCCGGGAUCCCAUUUGCAUAGCGGAGCUGCAGCUGCUGUGGGAAGAGCGGACCAGCCGGCAACUUCUCUCCAGCUCCAAACUUUAUUUCCUCCCCGAAGACACUCCCCAGGGCAGGAGUAGCGACCACGGCGAGGAUGAAGUUAUUGCUGUUUCUGAAAAGGUGAUUGUGAAACUUGAAGACCUGGUCAAGUGGGUACAUUCUGAUUUCUCCAAGUGGAGAUGUGGCCUCCAUGCUGGAUCAGUGAAAACUGAGGUCUUGGGAAGGAAUGGACAGAAGGAAGCUCUUCUGAAGUACCGGCAGUCAACCCUAAAUAGUGGACUCAACUUCAAAGAUGUCCUCAAAGAGAAGGCUGAUCUUGGAGAGGAUGAAGAAGAUAUGAACGUGAUAGUUCUCAGCUACCCUCAGUACUGCCGGUACCGCUCAAUGCUGAAGCGCAUCCAGGAUAAGCCCUCUUCUAUCCUCACAGACCAAUUUGCAUUGGCCUUGGGGGGCAUUGCAGUUGUCAGCAAGAAUCCUCAGAUUCUGUACUGUCGAGACACCUUUGACCACCCCACUCUGAUAGAAAAUGAGAGUAUAUGCGAUGAGUUUGCGCCAAAUCUUAAAGGCAGACCACGCAAAAAGAAAUCAUGCCCACAGAGAAGAGAUUCAUUCAGUGGUGUUAAAGAUGCCAACAACAAUUCAGAUGGCAAAGCCAUUCCUAAGGUAAAAUGUGAGGCCAGGUCAACUUUGACCAAGCCGAAGAAUAACCAUAAUAACUGUAAAAAAGUUUCAAAUGAAGAAAAGCCAAAGGUUUCCAUUGGUGAAGAGUGCAGGGCAGAUGAACAAGCCUUUCUGGUGGCACUUUAUAAAUAUAUGAAAGAAAGGAAAACGCCAAUAGAAAGAAUACCAUAUUUAGGUUUUAAGCAGAUUAACCUUUGGACUAUGUUUCAAGCUGCUCAAAAACUGGGAGGAUAUGAAACAAUAACAGCUCGCCGUCAAUGGAAACAUAUUUAUGAUGAAUUAGGUGGUAAUCCUGGGAGCACCAGUGCUGCAACUUGUACUCGCAGACAUUAUGAAAGAUUAAUUCUACCCUAUGAAAGGUUUAUUAAAGGAGAGGAAGAUAAACCCUUGCCUCCAAUCAAACCUCGGAAACAAGAGAACAGCUCACAAGAAAGCGAGAAUAAAACAAAAGUAUCAGGAGCCAAACGUAUCAAGCAUGAAAUCCCGAAGAGCAAGAAAGAAAAAGAAAAUGCCCCAAAGCCACAGGAUGCAGCAGAGGUUUCAUCAGAACAAGAGAAAGAACACGAGAUUUUAAACCAGAAAAGCAUCACUGAGCUUCUUCCAGCAGACGUGAAGAAAAAAGUGGAAGGGUACCAGGACUUCACGUCCAGACCUCUGGCAUCGGGAGCAGAUCCGGAAAAGGACAACGAAGCUGACCAGGGUGCCAGUAGUGACCUGGUGACAGAGGAGACCGCAGAGAAGAGCCCUUCUCCACCACUCCCAGUUGUCCCUCCAGUCCCUGAGAGGGAACCAGCCGUGAUCCCUGGAACUGGCAAGCCAUCCCUUACUUCCCCCAGUGCCCUUGUGGACUCCAAGCAAGAACCCAAAUCCUGCUAUUUUAAGGAGAGCCCCGAAAAUGAGCACCAGGAAACCUCCUUCCCCAGCUUCCCCACCACACAGCCACCAUUGGCAAACCAGAGUGACAUAGAGGAGGACAAACUACCCCCAAUGGCGGAUUACAUCGCUAACUGCACCGUGAAAGUGGAUCAGCUGGGCAGUGAUGACAUCCACAAUGCACUGAAGCAGACCCCAAAGGUCCUGGUGGUGCAGUCAUUUGACAUGUUCAAGGACAAGGAUAUGACUGGACCCAUGAAUGAGAACCACGGACUCAACUACACCCCUUUGCUCUACUCCAGGGGCAAUCCGGGCAUCAUGUCUCCACUAGCCAAGAAGAAACUCUUGUCCCAAGUGAGUGGGGCCAGCCUCUCCAGCAGCUACCCCUAUGGCUCUCCACCCCCUCUGAUUAGCAAAAAGAAACUGAUUGCCAGGGAUGACUUGUCCCAAGGACACCAUGGCCAGAACCUUGAUCACAUGGCGGUGAACCGGCCUUCGGUGAUUCAACACGUCCAGAGUUUCAGAAGCAAGUCCUCAGAGGAGAGAAAAAGCAUCAAUGACAUUUUUAAGCAUGACAAACUGAGUCGCUCCGACCCUCAUCGCUGUAGCUUUUCCAAGCAUCACUUGAGCUCCUUGGCUGACUCCUAUGUCUUGAAGCAGGAAAUCCAGGAGGGUAAGGAGAAGCUCUUGGAGAAAAGGGGGCUCCCCCAUUCCCACAUGCCUAGCUUCUUGGCUGACUUCUAUUCCUCGCCUCAUCUCCACAGCCUCUAUCGACACACAGAACACCAUCUUCAUAACGAACAGACACCCAAGUAUGCUUGCAGGGACAUGUACCGCGAAUUGGAAAACAAUUCCUUUGCUUCCCACAAACACCAAGAUAAGCUGCAUGUCAAUUAUCUCACGUCUUUACAUUUGCAAGACAAAAAGUCAGUGAGAGCAGAGUCCCCCACCGAUGAUCAACCCACAGAUCUGAGCCUUCCCAAGAACCCUCACAAACCCACCGGCAAGGUCCUGAGCCUGGCCCACUCAGCUCCAGGGCCUCAGGAGAGCAAAGGGGUCUCCCAGUUCCAAGUUGUAAGUAGCCAUAGUAGAGACUGUCACCCCAAAGCUUGUCGGGUAUCACCCAUGACCAUGUCAGCCUCUAAGAAAUACCCUGAGUCCCUUCCCAGAGCGGGCAAACCUCACCAUGUGAGGCUGGAGAACUUCAGGAAGAUGGAAAACAUGGUGCAUCCUAUUCUGCACCGAAAAAUGAGCCCACAGAACAUUGGGGCUGCUCGUCCCAUAAAGCGCAGUCUGGAGGAUUUGGACCUGGUGAUUGCUGGGAAAAAAGCCCGGGCUGUGUCUCCCCUGGACCCCUCCAAAGAAGUAUCUGGAAAGGAAAAGGUCUCAGAACAAGAGAGCGAAGGCAGCAAGGCAGCUCAUGGUGGACAUUCUGGAAGCACGUCGGAAGGGCACAAGCACCCUCUUUCCUCUCCUAUCUUCCCAAAUUUGUAUUCGGGGAGUCUGUGUAACUCGAGCCUCAACUCCAGGAUCCCAGCUGGGUAUUCUCAUUCUCUGCAGUACUUGAAAAACCAGACUGUUCUUUCUCCACUCAUGCAACCCUUGGCUUUCCACUCACUUGUGAUGCAAAGAGGAAUUUUUACAUCGCCAUCAAAUUCUCAGCAGCUGUACAGACACUUGGCUGCAGCCACCCCUGUAGGAAGCUCAUAUGGGGACCUUUUGCACAACAGCAUUUAUCCUUUAGCUGCUAUAAAUCCUCAAGCUGCCUUUCCAUCUUCCCAGCUGUCAUCCGUCCAUCCCAGUACAAAGUUGUAAGGCCACCGCUACCCAACGUUCCAAAACAGGGUGUCUCACAGAUCUUCACUCCCUACUCCGGGUGAUGGCUUACAGAAGGAGAAGUCAGUAUUUCGCCUAGCCUGGGAAUCGAUCAGUCUGGGCCAAAGAGUCAAGAAGGGUGGUGAAACACGUCAGAAUUUUCUGGAACGACCUGGUCACCAUCUUGAGUCCCUUCCAACAGAGAUGCUCCGACACCCAACUCAUUCCCUCUGUAUUGGGAGUCUUGCGAAGGGAUUAAGGAGCAUCCAGGAGGAACUCAAGAGGAACUCUACCUGAGUUCUGAUGGUCAGGAAAUAUUCUGGGCAACAAAAACAAAAACAUGGGGCUGGCAGACAUUUCAAAGGAAGAGGCAAGGAAGACUGGCAAACUGCCAUGGGAUGUUCCUCUUUUCCUAAAACUCUCCAAGGUUCAAUCAAUGCAAUGUAUAGUGAAACUUCAAUAGGUCUUUCAUUUUGACACUAUUAUACAAUCCAGAGAAGUAAACACUGUUAAAUUGACUGUAUAUAUUUGCUCCUUAAAACUACCCGUAUCACUGUUUGCUCGCCUAAUUUAUAUACAGGUAGUUCUUUUAUUUUUUUUCCCAGUUAUUUCUUGUCUCUCUCUCUUUUUUAAUUAAACAGUAUAUCUUUUUUUUGGUUUUGUUUUAUUUUAUUUUAAAGGCUGACUGUCCUAAAUGUCGAUGUGUGUUUGUAACUUUUUUCACAUCCUAUCAUUUUUGGAGCAGCUUUGGGUGGUAUAGUUAUUGUUUACAAAUUGAAGCAACUGAUUCUAGUGGAACAAAUGAAAAAGAAACAGUUGAGCACACAAUAGAGCAAAGAACGUUCCUUUGCAGAUUUUUACAACUUCAGGAUUUUUGUUCCUCCCAAAUGGCAUAGUUGAAAGAGCUUAUACACUGCUUACCUGGCCAAAUGCUUUGCUUUGAAGUGUUGGGCCAUGUGAAAAUAUCGAGCAUUGUCCACACCUUAUCUAGACUGUGAAACUGUCCUACAUACCAGAGGAUUCAUAAAAAAAUAAAAAAUAAAAAAAAAAAAACCUCACUGGCAGCAAGCUGCUGAAUAACAAGAGUCUAGAGGACAUAUUUGUGGGCUGCGCAGAUAUUUUAGGAAUUUCAGAAAUUAGAACAGGAGCCAAAAUGAUUUACAUUGAUGUUGGCACUGAUCCCUUUAAACACUCUGGGAAAGGGGUUUGGGAAAAGUAUGGCGCUCAACUCUCCAGAAUCCUUUGAGCACUGUGGAGCCCUGGUCUCCUUCCCUAGGUCGUGGUAUUUGGAGUAAAACGUGGCCAUAUUACCUUCAUCAACUUGGUUUUAUUGUUGUUCCCGAGAAGAACCUCCCCAGCUCCAUCUUUUGGGGAAAUUAUUGGCGUGCUGGAUUGUCCAUUUUAAAAGAAAAUCAUCAUCUUUGGUUUAUGUGACAUGAGUUUUGUGCGUGUGCGCAAUGACAGGGUGGUUUGUGGUCAUGUCUUUAAGCACCUGGCAAUAUAGCCCACUAUCUGAUUUAUUGUUGGAAGAUACAAUCAAGCCAUUUAAGUAGUCAAAAGAUGUAAAGAAUAUUUAUUGUCAUUCUCGCCACGUUAUUCCUUUACUGCCAAGUUGUACCAUCAAGGUGGAUGCAUUUUUCCUCAAUGUUAAAAGUUGAUGGAUUGAAACUGAGAGCAAAUUUUCUUUUCAAGUUCCAUCCCUGCUCUGACUGCUUUGAUGAAUUCCCCCCAGCCAACCAACCAACAACCCCUUCCCCAACACCACCAGUAGACAGUAGAACCAUAGUUAAUCAAGCCUUUUACCUCUGACAUAUUUAAUGCUAUUGAAAAUUGAUGACAAUUUUCAACUUCUAACUAGGUAACUCGAUUGCAAAAUAAUCCAAUUGGUAACCAUGAAUCUGCGGCUCUUAAACAAAGCCAUGCAUGCCGUACAUUUGUAUUGAAAUGUCUCCAUGAUAUGAAGCCAAAUAUUCAAUGUAACAUACUUAAUAUCCAAAGGUGGAAACAAAAGAAUGUAGAGAUCUAGUGUUAAGAGUUCCAUUUGCUUCAAUUAAUUAUUUACCUUCCUGUGGAAUAAUAUAUAUAUAUAUUUAAUAGAACCAUAGAUAGACUAGUAGAAUUUAGAUUAUAAACUGUGUGAGUGCAGCUUAUCCUGCUAUUGCACAAGAUAGAGGGGGGAAAAAUAUCUCAAUUCCAGCUAGCAAAAUGCUAGUCAGGACACUUUGAAGAAAGUUGCACUAGACUGAAUGGUCACAGAAUCAGAAGACAUGGAAGGAAAGAAUGGAAGCUUCAGUGAUUCCACAUUAGACAUAGGUUGGCUACAUGGUUUCUAUGAGUAAUUUCUCAAAGAAAAUAGGGACCAUUUAUCUCUGAUGUAGCUCUCACCUAUCCAUUUGGAGUCCCGGGGCAUUUGUUUUUCCCACUGCAAUGAUUUCAGUCUGGUUUCAUCAUGCUGGAAUUUGAUCACACCAUUUUCAAACAAUGUUAACAUAGUCCAGCUUUUGUUAUUCUCAUCUCUUUCAAGAGGAUACUCACUGUUUCUGUCUGAGGAAGCUCAUCCCCUAGGCAAAAAACAUCAGGACGAAUAAAGAGAAAUGGGGAUAUGCAUUCCCAACAGAAGCACUGGGUUAUUUGUUUUAAAACUCCAAACGGAGAUCUUGGCUAUCUUUCAAAAAAAAUACCAUUGAAUUCUUCAUUGGCUGAGAACUGUAUUUUAAAACGUCUUUAAUAGGGCUUUGUUUGCAUUGUUUUGAGUUCAAGGGGCCUUAUUAUUGAAUGGGAAUUGCACAAGCUUUUUCUUUGUGCAAUCAAACCAUUGUUAUUGGUAGUUCAGUAAAGGAAACUGUGGAUUCUAAUUGGCAGUGGAGUCAUAAAUCUAUUUACUGAGUGUGGCUUCCAAGAAAUGUUGCAAUUCAAAAUGCACUAAGUCCAUGAUUUACUGGAGAUUCUAAAUAAUAUAUUUAAACCUCUCCAUGCAACUUCUGGUUUAACCUUUUGGCAACUCAACAUUUGAAAAAAGAAAAAAAAAAACAGCCCAACUAAGUUUCAGAUUUAAGUAUUCUAGUAAGUGAUUUGAACUUGUAGUAUUUGCCACAGGACUGACUUAUUUAUUGAGUAGCUAGAAGCUCUUAAUUUCACUUAUUUAUCAGGGCAUAUACAGAAGGGUUUGUUAAAACUCAAUGUUGAAUCUUUACAACUUUCUGACCUGGUGCAUGACUUCUCAAGUACUGUAUUUCACUGUGUUGAUGUGUCUGAUGGAAAUUUCGAGGUGAUCCCACAAAAAAAAAUAUUUUAUGUAGUGUGCCUUCAAAGAGAACCAUUUAUUUCUCUUCACUUGUCGUCCCACAAAGUCACAUUUGGUGGUGGUCAGCCAAAUCCCAUCUGGCACAGUAAGACUCUUGUCCCAGUUUUAAGGAGAAAUGGGAACAAGUCAGCUCUGGUGAGACCCACACCAUUGAAAUGAUUUAUCUUGAGCACUUAAAUUCCAGUGUUGGCUAUUGAUGUAUUUGAUAUUCUGCUUGUCUCCCCAUGGUUGAAAUAUGUCUGAAGAAUAGCAGCAUAAUCUCUUGGCUGUUUAUACUUUUUUAAACUUUCCUGUGUUGUAAAUAGUGUAUACUUUUGGUGACUCCAGCUACGUAACCUCUAUGCUCUGUAAGGUGAUGAUUUGUAUAUAGCAACCUGGCCCAGUGAUAUUAUAGAGUUUCCCAAUGGAAAGGUUGUUGAGUGACCUUUGCAUUAGUUUAAACACUACCAGAAGAAUGCUGAGCCAACUAUAAACACUCAAUUUUGUAUGUUUUCCAAAUUGUACUUAUUACUGCUUUUGAUACUGUAUCACGUGCCAAUAGUUUUCCCAAUCACAUAGCAGGCAAGAGAUAUUUUGUACUUUUUGAUCCACUGUAAUAUUUAAUAAAAAAUGUUACUAUCUGUU